AUGUCAAAAUCAUCUGUUAUUGAUGUAUUCCUCAGAGUGCGUCCCACUAAAAAUCCAUCAAAUCUCUUCAAACUCAAUAAAGAUGAGGGUAUGGCCGAAUUCAUAAUUCCUAAGAAUCCAGAUCAAGGUUAUAUCAAUAACUAAAUUGAAAAACAUACUUUCAAUUUUGCUGGGGUUUUUCCUACUGACACUACCCAAGAGGAAAUCUUUGAUAAAAUAGCCAAAGACGUAGUAGAUUCAGCCAUUGAAGGUUAUAAUGGAACAAUAUUUGCAUAUGGAUAGACAGGAUCAGGUAAAACCUAUUCAAUGACUGGUAAUCCUGAGGCUAGGUCAUCUGCAGGUAUUAUCCCUCGUACUUUAUAUCAUAUCUAUGAUUAUGCACGCAGAGAAUAAGAAUUAAUAAUCGAUGUAACCAUUAGUUAUCUAGAAAUAUAUGGGGGAUCUGGAUAUGAUCUCUUAGUCGCAGACAAUCGAUCCAGAAACCUUCACGAUUUGCCAAAGGUCUAAGCGAUGGCAACGGCAAAUGGCUAAACUAUUUUAUAGGGAUUGUCAUUGAAAAAGGCAUAAACUGAGGAAGAUGCUCUAAAUCUACUAUUUAUAGGAGAAUAGAAUAGAGUUAUUGCAGAAACACCAAAAAAUGAUGCAUCUACAAGAUCUCAUUGCAUUUUCAUUGUUAUUUUAGAAUGUCGUAAGCCGACCUCUGAUGUGAAGACUGUUUCUAAACUUUGUUUGGUUGAUCUGAGUGGUAGUGAAAGAAUUGGAAAGACUGGAGUUGAAGGCAUUCUCCAGAGAGAAGCCACAGGCAUCAAUUUGUCAUUGCAUUUUCUAGAAUUGGUUAUUGAUUGUUUGAAUCGCUAAGCUAAUGGCGAGAACAUUCAUAUUCCAUACAGAGAUUCCCUGAUGACUCUUGUAUUAAAGGACUCUUUGGGUGGUAAUUGUAAAACAAGAAUGAUUGCUACCAUGUCUAGUGAACCUGAUGAUUUGCCUGAAUCUAUCUGCACUUGUCGAUUUGCUGGGAGAGUUGCCAAUAUCAAGAACAAAGUCACUAGAAAUGAGGCUGUCGAUCCAUUUAUUAUCAUAGAGAAAUUGAAAAGGGAGAAUUAGUAAUUGAAGGCUGAAUUAGCAAUGAUAAAAGGAUAAAGUAUUAAAGAUCAUCUGGAAUCUUAUGAGAUUGAUGAAUGCAAGAAGAAAGUAGAUGAAUUUUUGAAUUCUGAUGAUCCUGCAGCUAUUCUGGUUGUGAAUGACCAUCUUAAAAUGAACGAGUGCUUUUUUUAACUUAAACACAUGCUCAAAAAUUUAAAUAAGAAGGCUUCUUCCUAGCCUGUUGCUUAGUAACCAUAAGCAAUCACUACAAAUAAUAAUCCAGUUGAAUUUCAAUAAUUAAAUGAUGAGGUUUUGAGAUUGAAACAAUUAAUUAUUCAGAGAGACAAUGAAAUUAUGAUACUACUCAAUUUAAUAUAGAAGGGUAAAGGUUCUAAUACUAACCAAUCGUUGGUAUUGCAAGGACCUAUUUCAGAAUAACCUGAAAUUCAAUAGGCUAAUACAUCCAGUAUCUUAUAGCCAAUUGAAUUUCCAAAGCAAGCCGAAAUCGAUAGACAAAGUCAGAUAUUCACUGAGAAACCUGCAGUGAAGAAAUAGAAUUUUAUGCAAGGUAGUUUAGAUAGUGAACCAACGAGUCAAAUAACUAAAACAACGACAGCUUAAUUCAAAGAAUUAAAUGGGAUGCUAUCAGAACCAAUUAAUAUUUCUAAUGAUUAAUUACUAGAUCGAAAUUCAGCUUUAGAGAUGUUCAGAAAAUCCUAUAGAAAAGCAUAAGCUUAGGAAGACUUAAAGCAGGAAUUACAGGAGAAGAUGAUGACUAGUAAAGAAUUAGGGUUGUUUAUUAAUAAUCAAAGAAAUAUUAUUAGUUAAUUGAAGGAUAAAAUCGAAUAGACAAGGAAAGAAUAAGUAUUACUGGGAUUAGUAAGCAGUGAUCCCAAUCAAGUAAGCACGGAGGAGGAGAAACUAAUAGCUGAAUAUAACAAACAGAAGGAUAUUUAUAAAUAAUCAUUUGAUAAAUUGAAGUAAUUGAAGGCAGAAGUGGAGAGAAUGAGCACGUAGUUGAAGCACAGCCGAGAGAAAAUGUAACAGGACUUUGAGAAAUGGAUUGAUAUGAUGUUGAAAUAGAGGAAUUUAAAUAUGGCUGCAACCUCUGUUUUGUCUGAUUUUAAGAAUCUAUCACAAAAAGGAGGGGAGGAUGUGAAUAGCAUGGUGCAGCAAUUCUACAAAAACAAAGAGAUUUGUAAUUAAUUAUUAUAAAAAUGA